CAAAAUUAUCUAGAUUAUAAGCUACACCAUUCCUUCAAUUAACAAUCUUUACACUACGGCACAUGGUUAAUUAAAUUUUUUUAUCAAAUCUUGACAGCCCAUAUUCCAAAUUCAGCUCAUUUUCAUGGUUAUGCUCGGCCCAACUGUGUCUUUGUCGGUUUUAAUCCGCGAAAAUUUUGGAAGUUGCCGGAGAAUUGGAAUACCGGCGAUGAGAGAACUUCCGGUCGUUGGCGUAGGCACAGCUUUGAUGAAGACAAGCAGGGCUGUUGUUAUUUUGGACGCAGAAAAUCGGUCCCCUAAAUUGCCUCUAAAUACAGGCUCCAAGCGAGUUCACUCUUGCACGUCCCAUUAGCCGGGCCUGGGCGUGUUGCAUUUGAUGCUGCAACAGCUUCCUGGUGAGCUAAAGUUGCCAUCUUUACUGUCUUUGGAACUAUACCCUAAAAUGCUCUCUACGGUUUUGGAGUUUAGCAGUUAAAUGGUACGAGAAAACCGACUACCCGGCCCCCUGUUUUCAUAAAUACGGGAGUUUCUCUUUGAUACGUGGCAUUGUUAUAUUGGGCACAUUACGUGUCCCUGGUAUAUUAGUCUUCAUAUGAGUUCCAGAGAGUUCAUCCAUAGAGUUAUUAGAGAAGGCACCGAAGAAGAAGAGAAUAAAUUUGUGAGCAAGUGAUAAGGGCGAAUCAUCAUAACAAAUCAAAAUGAAGCCCGGGCCACUUAAGAUCAUCCUUUCAAAGAAGGGUUCGUCCUCUGAAUGUGCAGGGGAGAAAAUUCCUGGGACAGGGGAAAAUGUCAGAGCAGCAUGUCCCAGCCACCUCAUCAUAUCUGAUCUGUCGGUGGCGAAAGGCAUUGGACAUGCGUAUGCUGCUGCACCUGUAAAGAAAGUUAAAGCCACUGUUCGCAGUGGUAACAAAGAAGGAGAUAAAGUUCAUAUUUGUUUUAAAUGCAACAUACCGAUUGCAAUUUAUGGUCGCCUGAGCCCCUGUGAACAUGCUUUCUGCAUGGACUGCGCCUUGGAAAGCAAUUCUGAGUGCUACAUUUGUGAAGCGCCGGUCAACAAAAUCCAGAAGAUUCAUAUGGGGAAAGGAAAGAUGUUCAUAUGUGGCUGGAUGAACUGCCUCAAGUCAUUCUGCGAGUUCGAUGCAUUUAAGAGCCAUACCGAUGAAGUCCAUGGUGGUAGUUCGAGCUCCGUCAAGAAUGGUGGUAACUGAGAUCUGCAUCUCUACAACCCAUAAACAGACCCCUACCCAGGCCGACUGCAAUUGAAAACGUUGCUGCUCUUUUCAGUUAUCAUGUUUUCUUUCUUGGAUUGUGUUUCUUUCCUUCUUUUGCGUUUCAGGCAAGACAAUCGGAUUUCUUGUUAUUAUGUUUCCAAAUAAUUACCGGAUUUCCUUUUGAGUUAUAAUACUCUUUGAAGACUGUUUUAGUCCUGGUGGAUUAUGUAUGUUGGUAAUAGAUGUAUGUGUGUAAUAUACUUUCAAUCCAUUUUGGAGAUGAAAGUACUUUACUUACUUUUCA